UUAAUGUACACUACAGUAACACAAAAAUGCUAAAAUCAGAAUCUGUGAGUACAUUAAGUGAUCGGGAAGACAAUAUUGAUGAUUUAGAUGGUUCCAUUGUUUGGUCUCAAGAGGAGCCUCUUUCAUCUAAUGAAAUCUUAGAAAUAGAACCAGGAACUGCGCUAAUGAGAAAUAAUGCAUUUUCUCUUUGUCGACUAUGUGCAGGAGAAACUCUAAACCCUGUAUAUAUAUAUUCUGAAUUAGGAGAGUCUAUGAAAUUAGCUCAUAAAAUGAAUACUUGCUUGAGUAUAAAGGUAAGGAAAACGGAUCCUUUACCUAAACAGCUUUGUAUCGUAUGUGUUGAGAAAAUAAACUGGUGCAAUGAAUUUGAUAUUCAGUGUAUCAAAGCGGAAGAAACUUUAUUAGAGAUUCUCAAAGAGAAACAAUCGUUUAAUAUUACUGAAUUGCAAACGGAUAAUGUAUUUAACAAUAUUAAAUCUUGUCCACUCUGUAUAGAAGGAAAUAUGAACACUUGUCAAGAUGCAAUACAGAAUCCAAAAGAUAUGGAGUUAUACGAUAGCGAUAUUGUCUUGGAAAGCAGUGACGAGGAGAAAAUAUUUCAUGAUUUUAAAGCUGAUUAUGAAGAAGGAAAUCGAUUAAUUAUGUUGCAAUGUUUAGGAAGUAAGCAGAAGUAUUUGAAAUGUGGUGCAUGUAUGAAUUUGUAUCACACAAAAGAAACUUUGGAUGACCAUAAAUGCAAGCCAAAUAUACAAAACACUUCCAAACCAUAUAAGUGUUUCUUAUGCAAUGCUACGUUUACUUUCGAAGAACGUUUAAAUUUCCACAUGCAGUUUCACAAAGGUGCUAAAGCUUUAUAUUGCGAAAUUUGUAAAAUUACUUUUGGAAAAGAAUUAAAAUUAUAUUAUCAUUAUAAACGGUAUCAUUGCAAGGAUGUGACUGUUUCAUGUUUGCAAUGUGGAAAAUUAUUUGAAAACCAAGAGGAACUUAGGAUGCAUGUGUGCGUUGAUGGUAAGAAUAGACCUCAUGUGUGCGAAGUUUGUAAUAAAGGAUUUUCGGAUGGAUAUACUUUAAAGCGACAUGUGGUAACGCAUUUACCAGAGAAACCAUAUAGAUGCUCUCAAUGUUCUAAAAGUUUCACGCAAAAAUCAAGACUAAAUAAACACACAGCUGCACAUGGUAUUAUUAUUGAAAAUAAUCAAACUAUAUGGAAAUGCGUUCGUUGUGGAGCAGCUUUCAACUGUUGUGAUGAUGCAGAUAAUCAUUAUAAAAUACACGAUGAUAAAAUGAUAUUAAUAGAAGAAUUAUUAAUAUCCAAGAUAUAUCAUUGCGAAUUUUGCAACAUGCAUUUUACUGAUAUAGAAAAUUUAAAAAAUCAUCAGAAUCAACACGUCGUGGAGAAACCUUAUAGUUGCAACAUAUGUAAGACGAUUUACAAAUCUUUUGCAGAAGUAGUUUUACAUUGGAAAGAGCAUUCACGUAUGUUUAAAGUAUUAACAGUGUUUCUAUGCGACAUAUGCAAUAAAGAUAUGAAAGAAUUAUCUCUUCUUUACAAGCAUAAACAGAAAAGACAUCAGUACAUGCCUCGUCUUUCUGAAACUGGGAACCUGAAAUAUGUCUGCGAACUUUGUGGAUCUGUAUUCGAUCAGAAGGAAAAUAUACAAAACCAUGGACGAGAUCAAUGCUCGAAAUUUCCUUGCGAUAUAUGUGGUAGUUUAUUACCUACCGCAAAUUCUCUUAAUGCUCAUAAAAGAAGACAUAGCGGUUUAAGACCAUAUGUAUGUAACAUUUGUGGCAAGAGUUAUACUCAAUCCAGUCAUAUGUGGACCCAUAAAAGAUUUCAUAUGGGAGUGAAACCUUAUGCUUGCGAAUACUGUGAUCAGAGAUUUACUAUAAAACCUGAUCUAGCAGAUCAUACAAGAAAAAAACAUACAAGAGAAAGACCCUUCAAAUGCGAUGUUUGCAAUAAAGCUUUCUUAACAGGAUCUGUAUUUUAUCAACACAGAUUGAUACACAGAGGAGAUCGUCGAUAUAAAUGUCAUUAUUGCGAGAAAGCUUUUACUAGAACGGAAGCUUUAAACAAUCACAUUAAAAUUCACACAGGAGAAAAACCGCACGCUUGUGACGUGUGUGGUCGAUGUUUUCGACAAAAGGGCGAUAUGAGAAAACAUCGACGUACUCAACACAAUACCAAACAAGAGGGACAAUAAAAAUGUGCGCAGAUGGCAAUUGCGUUGUGAGAGUGCA